UAAUCUCAAAACCUCAUCUCUAAUAUCUUCCCCCACCCCUCCAUUGUCUGUUUGAUGCCCAUAAGAAACCUGUAACUUGUUCAUUUUUUAUUUUCUUCCUACUUUUCAAUCUCUAUCUUCUAUUCAAUCCUCUCCUUACAUUCUUCUAUAUAAGCUUUAUACUAAACAUCUCCCAAUUCCCACAAUUUGUUUGUGUCGGAAUUAUGAAGACGGUUAAUGCCGUGUUAUCAGUUGUGGUCGCGAUGGCUCUGGUGCUCGGAAUAGCCGAGAGUUUCGACUUCCAUGACAAGGAUUUAGCAUCGGAGGAGAGCCUGUGGGAUUUGUACGAGAGGUGGAGAAGCCAUCUCAUGGUUUCUCGGAGUCUAGAUGAGAAACACAAGCGUUUCAACGUGUUUAAACAAAAUGUCAAACAUGUGCUCCACACCAACAAUGACAACAAGCCUUACAAGUUGAAGCUGAACAAGUUUGCAGACAUGACAAACCAUGAAUUUCGAAAUGCAUAUGCCAGUUCCAAGAUCAGAUAUCAUAGGAUGUUCCAAGGGACACCCCGUGGAACAAGGAGUUUCAUGUAUGAAAACGUGAAUAAUGUCCCAACCUCCGUUGAUUGGAGAAAGAGAGGUGCUGUCACCGCUGUUAAGGACCAAGGCCAUUAAGUGUUAACAAGUAGCUGUUGGGCAUUUUCAAGUGUUGUAGCAGUUGAAGGAAUUAAUCAAAUAAAGACGAAUAAAUUAGUGUCCUUAUCAGAGCAAGAGUUGAUAGACUGUGACACUGAAGAAAAUCAAGGGUGCAAUGGAGGUUUAAUGGACAUUGCAUUUGAUUUCAUCAACAAGAAGGGUGGGAUCACUUCAGAGAUUCAUUAUCCUUACGCCGCUAAACAAGGCACUUGCGACGUUUCCAAGGAGAAUUCUCCGGUGGUGUCGAUCGAUGGGCACGAGAACGUGCCGGUUAAUGAUGAGGAGGCUCUGCGUAAAGCAGUUGCAAAUCAGCCUGUAUCAGUGGCCAUUGAUGCUGGUGGUACGGAUUUGCAAUUCUACUCGGAGGGGGUAUACACUGGACAAUGUGGAAUAGAGCAGAACCAUGGGGUUGCAGCAGUGGGCUAUGGAACAACCCUUGAUGGAACUAAGUAUUGGAUAGUGAAGAACUCAUGGGGACCUGAUUGGGGUGAGAAAGGUUACAUAAGAAUGGAACGUGGCAUCAAAGACAAACAAGGUCUCCGUGGUAUAGCAAUGGAAGCUUCAUAUCCCAUCAAGAACUCUUCCUCUAAUCCUACAACACCUUCCUUUUAUCCCAAAGAUGAACUCUAAAAUUCUACCCAACUGAUUCCAACUUCGUUCUCAUAAUUAUGAUUGAAUAAUUUACACUUCAACUAUGUUACGACGCUUAUGUUUGAUAUAUAUAUAUAGACAUUUGUAUGAGACUACAGAUCUUCAAAUUUAUGAAAAAGCUUUAAAAAGAA